AUGGAAAUCUGCUACAAGCUAUUCAUGGGCACGCUCAAAAAGGCAGCCCUUAAUUGGUUUAGUGGUCUCCCUGACCGAUCAAUCACUGACUUUGAUGUCUUUAGUCGGCUCUUCAUGGCGCAGUUUGCAGCUAACAAGAAGAAACUACCGAUCACGUCGGACUUGUUUGAUCUCAAACAGCAACACGAGGAGUCGUUGAAGGACUUUCUACAAAGGUUCAAUGAGGUCACCUUGAGGAUAGCAUCUUUGGAUGAAAGGAUGACGGUCAUCGCAUUCCAGAAUGGCCUAAGAUCUAGAGCUUUCAACAUUGCGCUGGAGAAAGCGAAUUGUCAAACAAUGUCAGAGGUGAGAGCUUUCACCCUGAGUCACAUCAAGACGGAGGAAGGACAAAUCAAUAAGAGGGCGGCUGAAAGCCGAGAAGCAGGGGGCAACAACAAGGAGGACAAUAAGCAUCUCCGGGUAUGCUCGGAUUGGAGUAAACGACGUGACCACUACAAUUCAAAGGAAGGAAAUCGCAAGCAGGCAGACUAUGGUGGUCGGACAAGGGGCGAGUGGACACGAAACAACGAGCAGGAAAAGUUCACCCCACUCAAUGUCCCUAGGAGGCAAAUACUCCAUGACGUCAACAAUCCAUCACUCUUUGAGUUCCUGGCAGCGACUGAUCGCCAGUUGGGUCCUUUCAAGAUCGAUUGGUGCGAGUUUCAUAGGACACAUGGGCACACUACCCAUAACUAUUUUGUUCUCAAGAGGCAAAUUGAACGUCUUAUCAAGGAGAGACGUUUGAAGAAGUUCGUGGCAGGAAAGCAAGACGAAGGCUCAUUCGACAGAAGACGUAGACGUAAAGAAGAGGACAUAAAAGGAGGUAGGCAUAAAGGAGUGUCUCCCCCCAGUGCCCGUCCGGGGAAAAGCUCGGAGACCCACCAACAGGCUGUCCAUGGAGAUUUUAACACCAUAGCGGGGGAUUUCGCUGGAGGAGGCCUGAUGUCGGUGGUCUAG